AAGGAAGUCGAGGAAUUCAAAGAAAUCACCGGAGCCGAUGACAAGCUCGCGACACAAAUGCUCCAGGUUUGCGAUGGUGAUCUUCAGAAAGCAGUCAACAUGCAUGUCGACGGGGGUGGGUUCGACAUCGCACCGGAUCAGAAUCCCGCCGCCGUACCCCCGCCGAGCCCGCCGUUACAACGCGACCCGGGGCCCGGCAGUUCGAACGGAGGCGACUACGUUAGACCGCCCCGAGCGCCUAAACAAGAAGUUCUCGUCGAUACGUCAUUGUACGAUAUGUUCAACGUUCCCGGAGGCUCAGGUGCGAGGAAUAUCACCAGCCGUGGCUUCGCCAAUCGCUCGAACCUCGUCGAUCCGUUCAGAGACCUCGGCAGGGAAGCUCAACGUCAAGAAGAGGAAAUGGAACGAGGUGACGGCCUGGCCAAUUUGACCGCAGCUGAUAGGAAAGCACCGACGUUAGAAGAUCUCUUCAGACCGCCUCUAGACUUGAUGUUCAAAGGAUCUCUCGAGGCUGCUCGCGAGGAAGGACGUGAACUCAACAAAUGGAUCCUUGUGAACGUCGUGAACCCUGAGAACUUCCAGUGCCAAACAUUGAACCGCGACGUGUGGAGCAGCGAAGCCGUGAAGGACAUAGUUAGAGACAGCUUCAUAUUUUGGCAAGUGUAUCACAAAUCCGAUGACUACAUAAACUACAAUCGCUUCUAUCCGAUCGAUUCGUAUCCGCACGUCGCGAUCAUCGACCCGCGGACCGGAGAGCGUAUGAUCGUUUGGUCGAAACUGGAUGCUUGCACGUUCGCUGAGCGCGUCACCGAUUUCCUGAGUUACCAGCCGUCCCCGGAUCCGUCUCGGGACGAGCCGGCGCCACCACCGAAAAAUCCAAGAGCAACGGCACCCUCGAUGGACGAGGACGAACAAAUGAAGGCAGCCAUCGCGGCUUCGCUGGCGGAAUCAGAAGCACAACAGCAGCAGCUGCAGGAGCAGGAGCAGCAAGCUCAACAGCUGAAGGACAGUUACACGAAGUACCUCGGCCCCGAUUCGGACCCAAAGUCGGAGCUCAUGUUCCGCUAUCCGGACGGUGAGAGGAAAGUCCACUCGUUCCCGUCGUCUUCGAAAAUUCGGGCAUUGAUUCUCUUCGCUCACGAGAACGGUUUCUCGGAGACGAGUCACGAGCUCGUCACGAAUUACCCUCGGAGGAAUCUCUCAGAAAUCGAUUCGACAUUGACAUUGAACGAAGUUGGACUUUUCCCCAAAGAAACUAUUUUCAUCCAGUUACGAUCUGCCUGAUCGCUCAGAUAACUAUUAUGGAAGCGAGGAAGAAUUCAUUCACGAUGACAAUGAGGUCGACCUCAACUCUACGCCUCCACAUCUUCAGAAGCGGGGAGGCUCUCAAGGAAUAAACACUCAAGAUGAUGAGAAUCUUCGGAUGAAACGUGAUUCAAAGCCACCGUGCGCGUAAGGAAGACAGACAUCUCACGCUCAAGGGGUGCCGUUGUUGUACAUGCGGAAUACAGCCGAUAUCGAAACUUGUCGAACGAAGAACUAAUCUCGAAAAUGGUUGUCACAUUAUCCUCAUCAUCAUCAUCAUCCAUUGUGCGACGGG